AUGGAAAAUUUAUCUGGAAAAAGAAAUGUUUCUUUGGGAGAAUUAUGCAGUCGAUCUUCCACUCUAGGAACUACAUGUAGCAACAUAUCUAUUAUAGAGAUUUGUGUAACAGAAAUUCAUCUUUACCGUCAAGGUGGUUGGACACCAGUUGAACCAAAAGAAAAUGAAAGCAAAUCUAAGACCGUUUGGAAAUGCCGUUGUUGUGGUCAUCAAUGCAGUGAGAUAAAAGUGGGUUCAGGUUUUCAGCAGACAGCAAUGGAAAAUAAAGAAACUCAAACAAUUAAUGAUGACGAGUCUAAACAUUUUAUAAUUGAGGAAAUCUUUGAAAGGUUUCUGAACUCAUAUCUUGAAAACACAGUUUUGAAAAGCAACGUCAGCAAACCUUAUAUGUUGUUAAAAGACAUAAAAUAUUUGGACAAAUCUAAUAUUUACCAAAACAUGGAAAAGGAAUCAUCAUUUUUGAGUCUGAAAGGAAAGACAAGUUAUGAAAAGGUAACUGAUUUGGUGACAUUUUUGAUCAAGCAUUUUCAAUGGUUGAAGCCAAUAAAUUUUCAUGUUUAUCCAGUACAAGACUGUUCGAGAAACCUAGAAGAAUUUGUCAAAAGAGAAUUGAGUUCUAGUCGGUCAUCCAUGAGCCCAACUGGUUUGCAAUCAACAAGUGAACUCCAUUCUAUGAACAUGGAAAUGAUACGAGUCUUCACAUACAGUAACUUUCCUCUAGCCUGUUCUGUUUCCACUCUAAGACUUGCCAAAGAAGGCUUCUACUACACUGGCGAAGGGGAUACAGUCGCGUGCUUUGCCUGUGGACAUCAAACACAUGGACUGGAACUAGCAAACGAUCCUAGAGGAAUUCAUCAGCAGACCUCUCCAAAUUGUCCAUUUUUAAAUUCUGGACAAUCCAGAAAUGUCCCAUUUGGAGAAAAUGAAACUGUCGGAAACAUGCCAGUACGAGAAAACAACGGAAGAACGCAUAGUCCUGUGGGUCGGCGACAAGAAGUUUUGCAAAAUUCAACACCUGCGCCUAUUACUGAGGAUGUUUCCUCAUGUAGUCACCAAAAAAAUAUGGAGCAAAAUGCAAAUUCAAAGAGAAAAGAGAUAAAAACAACUCACCAGAAAGCAAGGGAACGACAGAAAAAGAUCAACAACUUUAUUAAAAGUUUAGAUCCACUCGGAAUUAGCUUUGAUCGUCCAAAGUACCCUUCAUAUGCUGUAAUGGCAACAAGAGUUAGUUCUUUUAAAGACUGGCCAUCAAGUAUAAUGCAAAAACCACGUGAUCUUGCAAUGGCGGGAUUUAUUUACGCAGGAUAUGGGGACUACACCCGUUGUUUCUUCUGUGGUGGUGGAUUACGCAACUGGGAACCACAGGAUAAACCAUGGAAAGAACACGCCCGAUGGUUUCCGAAGUGUGCUUUCUUGAGACAGAACAAAGGUGACGAGUUUGUGGCAAUGGUGCAGAUUGAACACGAAGAAGAGGAAGAACUAGCUGAAAGCGCAGAGCAAUCAUCUCCCCAUACGAACAGUGCAUCCGCAAUACCACGAACAGAAUUAAAGAAUGAAGUCCUCGCCGAUGUAUUCGACUUAUCCUCAGUUCAAAGUGUACUUCAAAUGGGUUAUUCUCAUGAGAUGGUAAAGGAGGCCUUUGAAUUAUUGAAACUUACAAAACAUGUUGGAGAAAUCUCUGGAGGGGACAUAAUGGAUGUCAUUCUAUCGAAUGAGGAAAACACAAAAGCGUUAGAAACAACACCUACAGCUGGCAAUACGCGUAUACAGACGAAAGCGACUGUUCGAUUACAAAGUCCGGCACCCCCAAAUCAGAGUGAUACAGAAUACACCCAAUCUUUGAUUGAAGAGUACAGAGAGUUACGAAAUCUUCGUGUCUGUAAAAUCUGCAGAGAGAACGACGCCUCAAUCGCCAUGUUGCCCUGUGGUCAUCUCUGCUGUUGUCCUGACUGUGCUCCAGCUAUGAGGAACUGUCCGAUAUGUGGCCAAUUUGUAAAAGGGACGGUGCGAACAUGGUUAGCCUGAAUUUAGUGAAUGGACAAAACCCAAGAUGUUCAAAUUUGAAAAUCAUUUUUUAGUUUUUUACUCUUUGCUAUACAUCACUUGUGUUAAUUUUUGUUGGGUACCCCAUAUUGAAAGGGCGAGCGGCUACUUUUGUUAGAUACAUGCAUGG